UGCGUGAGUUUGCAGGGUUAAAGCUCUCCGUGAGGAAUUCAACAGGAGCUGCAGACAGAAAGAAAGAUCUGACUUCUUUCUUCAAUCCAGUAGGUGCAAGCCCUGUAGUCUGAGGCCUCACCUGCCCUCCCUCAUCCUCCCCCCGCCGUCUCCUGUCUGAUCCCUGCACCUGUUCUGACUCGUCAGCCAGGUGAGGGGGGAUCCUCUGGCCUUGCGCUGUUUUUGCAGCUGACCGUAGCUGUGGGGCAAUUAGGAAACCAGUCCAUUCAUUUGACUGGAUUGCUGCUUUGCUCUGUAUCUCUCUUUCUCUCUCUCUCUCUCUCUCUCUCUCUCUCUCUCUCUCUCUCUGUAUAACCCACCUCCCUGCAUAUCCCUACCCCCCUCCCACUCCAUCUCAGUCUAGCCCAGUCUGGUUGACAUUGUGGCUGUGUGAGGAGCUGCAGAAGUUUCCCUGCUGGAGUAAAAAGUGUGGAUCACAUUGCAAAGGACACAGGGGAAGGAAAGGUUGAGAAGGAAUUCUUCUGCUGGACGAGGUUGGAUUGAGGCGACUCAGAUUGAAUAGAAAAAAACUCCAAACCAAAGGAUUGUGCAUUUGGAAGAGCAGCAGGUAUGAAAAGCCAGACUGUGGUUGUGUCUGUGGCUCUGCUGGCCCUGUGCUGCCUGCUGAUCCCCAGAGGAGGGGAGAGUGCUGGGGGGAUCGUUUCUUUUCGGCAGGCUGAAGCAGAGAAGCAGGCUGGGGAUCAGCUGCAAGAUGAGCCCCUGGAAGACCCAGAGAGUGAGCAAGUAUUCGCAGGGGACCCUCACCCACUGGGGAGCAGCAAAAGGGGAAAGAGAGACACACAGGAGGCUGCACAGGCAGGUAUUUCUGGCAGGGUGAGGAGAGAGCCAGAAGAAGGUAAAAAGAAGAAGAAGGACAAGAAGAAGAAAAAAGAGCCGAAGGACCCCAACGCCACCAGAAAGCCCAAAACUGACAAGAAGGGAAAGAAGAAGGACAGGAAAACAACAACAACAACAACUGAACCACCCACCACAACAGUGAUCCCGACUGAACCGCCCACUGAACCGUACACUGACUACGUCUAUCCUGAUGUUGACAAUGAAUACUGGAAACCAGAAGAUGACUACUGGGAUGCCGAUCCCACACCAGCCGGGCCUGAGCCUGAAGCUCCAGAAACAGAUCUUCCUUAUGAUGACUAUGAGCCGGAGGAGGAAGACCUGGCUGCUCCAGUGACAGAUCUUCCGUAUGAUGACUAUAAUCCGGAGGAGGAAGACCUGGCUGCUCCAUUAACAGAUCUUCCAUACGAUGACUAUAAGCCGGAGGAGGAAGACCCGGCUGCUCCAGUGACAGACGUCUACGAUGACUACUGGAAAUCCGAGGAGGAAGAGCCGUCCACUCGGGCGCCUAAUGCUUACGAUGACUACUGGACCCCAGACGAUAAAGAACCAUACGUUCCUGUGACUGAUAAUUACGACACCUAUUGGAAAGAGGACCCGACGCCCCCCACCCCAGAGGUGGAUGGGAAGACUGAUGACUCCGACUACUGGGACAAAAAUUAUGAGGUGCCGGAGAAUCUUCCAUUCCCUGAUGGUAAAGAGGUCAGCCCUGAAAUCGAAGUAGAAAUUAUACCAGAGGAGCCCACAGCCACUCCUCCCGAUGAGGGGACAUGGUAUGAUGAUUACGACGAAUACGGAAAUAGCAGGAAAGGAGCAGAGACUGAUGACAAAUGGAUGGAGAAGGAGAAAGAAAGGGCAGCAAAAGAAAGAGCAAGGGAAGAGAAAGAGAGAGCGGAGAAGCUGAAGGAGGCCGAGGAGCGGGCCAGGAACAGACCCCGCGUCUUCAAAGAGCCAAAGAAGUGCCCUCCCCUGGGGAUGGAGUCCCACAGGGUCGAGUCGGACCAGCUCACAGCCUCCUCCGUGUCUCAGUAUAUCUUCGCAGCUCAGAGGGCGCGACUCAACAUGCAGGGCUCAGAUGAUGAAGACAACAUGAGAGGAGGAGCGUGGUGUGCAAACCAGGAGGAUACGAUCCACUGGUUUGAGAUUGAUGCUCGCAGAGAGACGGAGUUCACAGGAGUCAUAACCCAAGGACGAGACUCCAUGAACGCGAGUGACUACGUGUUGUCCUACUUCCUGGCUUUCAGCAAUGACAGCAGAGAGUGGACCACCAUCCAUGAUGGGUACACUGACUGGUUGUUUUUUGGAAACAGUGAUAAAGACACUCCGGUGAUGAAUCAGCUGGCAGAGCCUGUGCUGGCUCGCUACAUCAGAAUCAUCCCUCAGAGCUGGAACGGCUCCCUCUGCAUGAGGCUGGAGGUCCUCGGCUGCCCACAGCCCGAUCCAGUGGAUGUUCAGUACAGGCAGAAUGAAGUGAAUCCAGUGGAUUACCUAAAGUUCAGACAUCACAGCUACUCAGAGAUGGUUGAAGUCAUGAAGUCGGUGAAUUCAGAGUGUCCCAACAUCACCAGCGUCUACAGCCUGGGCCGCAGCUCCAAGGGACUCGAUAUCAUGGCCAUCAUCAUCUCCGGCAACCCCACAGAGCAUGAAAUAGGUGAGCCAGAGCUGCGCUUCACGGCCGGUCUUCACGGAAACGAGGCAGUGGGUCGGGAGAUGCUGCUGCUCCUCAUGCAGUACAUGUGCAAAGAGCACAAAGACAGAAACCCCAGAGUGCAGCGUCUGGUGGAGGGAAUACGCAUCCACCUGGUGCCCUCGCUCAACCCCGACGGACACAUGGAAGCUUUUGAAGCGGGAUCAGAGCUGAGUGGAUGGACCACGGGACAUUUCACUGAUGACGGCUUUGACAUCUUCCAGAACUUCCCCGAACUUAAUAGUAUCCUGUGGGAUGCUGAUGAUAAGGGCCUUGUGCCAAAACUCACUCCCAAUCACCACGUGCCCAUACCCGACAACUACGAGACCAACAGCUCGUUUGCUGUGGAAACCAAAGCGGUAAUCUCCUGGAUGAAUAGCUAUCCAUUUGUGUUAGGUGCAAACUUCCAGGGUGGGGAGUCAAUUGUAGCCUACCCUUAUGACAGCUUACGUCUCAACAAGCCUGCAGAGAGACAGAAACCCCACAGCCGCAAGAAGAGACAGUAUGAAGAGGAAGGUUUUGAUGGGACAGAGUGGGGAAGGGGCUACCACACAGAGCCGGAGGAAGACUGGGGAUCAAGAGGACAUUCAGAGCCAGAAGAGGAGGAGAGGGGAUACGACCACAACCAAGGUUACGAACAUGGCUACGAUCGAAACCAAGGAUAUGACCGUGGGUAUGAACACAACCAGGGAUACGACCGUGGAUACGACCAUGGAUACGACCGUGGAUACGACCGAAACCAAGGAUACGAACAUGGCUACGACCAAAACCAAGGUUACGACCAAAACCAAGGUUACGAACAAAACCAAGGUUAUGAGAGAAGAGAGGAGGAAGAGGAUGAUCGAGGAAGAGGUGCCGGUAACCAGUACGGGGAGCCUGAAGAUGAGCCUCGGAUGAUCCCAGACGAGUCCCUCUUCAGGUGGCUGGCUGUCUCCUACGCCUCCACUCACCUGACCAUGACACACAACUACCAGGGCUCCUGCCACGGAGACAACGCCGCAGGGACGCACGGCAUCGUCAACCGGGCCAAAUGGAAGCCAAUCAAAGGAAGUAUGAAUGAUUUCAGCUACCUGCACACCAAUUGCUUUGAGCUUUCUAUAUUCCUGGGAUGUGAUAAGUUCCCUCAUCAGAAUGAGUUGGUGUAUGAGUGGGAGAAGAACAGAGAAGCAAUGCUCAUCUUCAUGGAGCAGGUGCACCGUGGUAUCCGAGGCAUUGUGAAGGAUCAGCAGGGGAACCCCAUUUCGAACGCCACUGUGUCUGUAGAGGGAGUAAACCAUGAUGUCACGACAGCCCAAACAGGGGAUUACUGGCGGCUGCUCAACCCGGGGGAGUACCGCGUGACGGCUCGAGCUGAGGGAUACUCCCCUGUGACUAAACUCUGUGUGGUGGGGUAUCAGUCAGGGGCAACCGGCUGCAGCUUCAACCUGGCCAAGUCCAACUGGGACCGCAUCAAACAGAUCAUGGCCCUCAAUGGCAACAAGCCCAUUCGACUCAGCUAUGGCAACAACAAAGUGCAGUCACCGGCAGUUGGGAGUGGCAACAGACGUUUUGUAAACGGCAACAAUGGGGCUACAGCGAACUCGGGAGUCAUCGCCGAGCGGCGGAAGAGGCUCAGGAUAGCUCGCAUCCGUCGCCUUCGUCAACAGAGAUUACUGAAGUUAAGACCCCCGACGACGUUACCCCCGACAACAACCACAAUUCCCACAACGCCAGAGACAACCACUUUCUGGUACGACUCCUGGACCGUAGGGGAGGGACAGUCCUCCACGCUUGGCGGAUUCACAGACUCCAUCCUGGACUAUAACUAUGAAUACAAGAUCGAUGACUAUUAAUCUUACACACACACACACAAUUCAGUAAAUAUGCAUCUUUCCUCUCCUUCAAGUAGUUCUAAUUGCCAUGUUGUACUUUGAGCAGGCUGAUCAACGAGGAAUCCUGUCUUUGUGACAGACAAGCAAUGGGAAGGCACAGAAUAUUAACUACAGUAAUUGUAUAAAGAUAGUGUAUCUAUAACAGAACGCCUCUUCACAGAUAUUGUUAUAGCAUUUCCGUUUUCAGUUCACACUGCAUUCUUCUAACUUGUUAGUCUUUUUGCUUCAUGAAAAGAUGUUUAUUGUAGAUGCACAUUAAAAAAGUCUUGUUUUUUUUUUACUUCAGAGUUAUUUACACAUAUUUUUACAGUAUGAACAGUCACGAAAGGGUUCAAAAAGCUUACAGCGAUUCAGAGGAGGGAAAGGGUCUUUUGUCAUGUUGCCUCAGACGCAGCAAUGAAGUAGUUAUUUUUCAAAUAAAGGUUUGUUACUGUAAUA